AAAAUUGACCGAAAUUUGCCCAUCGCUGUGUCCCACUGAACUGCAUAGGUUCUCUAUAUUGUGGGGAGGAAUAUGAGCAAGCCGCUCUCUCCCUGAAAUGGUAGGAGGGAUGAAGGUGGUGCUUAGGAUCAGUUGGGGUGGAGUUUUAAUGUGACUUAUUUUCUAUCAUGCUGCUUGGAGACUUUACAAUGCAAUGUGCAUUUCCUGAGUGCUCAGCCAGCCAGCCAGCCAGCCUGCCUGCACAUUUCCCCCUGGAAACUUAGCUUCUGGAAUUACCUCGCUUCUCCUUAAAGAUCUGGUGAAGCUGUUGCCGAGGAGCGAUUUGCUCGUACAGGAAUUCCUUUUCUUUCUCUCCCCUCCCUUGUGUUGGCUGACACUGUCUUGAUUUUUAAAAGAAAAGAAGAAGGAAUCAAGGAGACAGACAGAGAAGUCUUGCUGAGAAGUCUUCCUAACUGUGGGGCCAUCCAUAAGGGAAGCUCAGGUCUGCAUUCGUUGCUCUUAUUUUCUGGAAAUUCUGGUGGAUAUAAAAUGAACGGGACUUUAUUUAAUCAGACGCUAGUGGAAGAAGGUGUGUAUUCUAACCGGUCCCAAGACCUGAGCACUUUGAUUGGCUGCUGCAAUGGGACGGGGACGGUGGUGGCCAGCGAUGGAGGUGCGUCGGUCCUUCUCCCAGACGAGAGGAACCUCUUCAUCACCCGAGUGGUCCAGAUCGCGGUCCUUUGCGUCCUCUCCUUGACUGUGGUCUUUGGGGUCUUCUUUUUGGGUUGCAACCUGCUCAUCAAAUCGGAGAGCAUGAUCAACUUUUUGGUCAAAGACCGCCGGCCGUCCAAGGACGUUGGCAUCGCAAUCAUGGGGCUGUACUAAGACCUUCGCUUGGAUCACUUCUCUGGGGGUGGGCAGACGUGAGCAGAGUUCUGCUUGGGGGGGGUGUGUGUGUGUGGAAUUCUAUUUCGGAGGAUGGAAGGAUGGAAGUUCUGUGACAGCGUGCUGCUAGACAGAGGAACAGAACUGGGGAGAA